CGACGAUUCAUACCGCCCUCACCUUUCUGCAGGACAACAUGCGCAGCUCAUCAGUAUCUCUAUCUGUACACGCUAUCGCUUCCCCAUAUGCCAAGCCAGACGCGUCUCACGCAUCCACUCGUCACACCUCUGUGCCGCCGGCACACUACACACUCGAAACGCGCGGCAUGACCACCUUCAUCCACAAGCGAGCCGCCAUGGGCUCUGGCAACACCUUGCUCGCGGCGAUCGAGCGCAACGAGAUCAUGCCGGACGAGAUUACCCUCUGGCUCGACGACGACGAGCGCCUGCGCUGCGGGAGGCCAAGUCUCGACACAAUCACGGACAGCAUGCUAUCGGCGGCCCCCGGCGAUGACGUGCGCACGCUUGGCGGCGCCGAAGAAGUGGAAGCAUCAUCUAAGGUAAAAGUAGAAGGUCAAAGGCCAGAUGCUGAGCUGGCGUCUGCACCGGCGGUGCUGUAUGGUCCUCAGGCGGGGGGCCGCCGUAUGAAGUUGUCAAAGUGGCUCCGCGCGCCGCGCUUCGCGAGCUUUCCUGUGAGCUUCGAAGUCCGGGGCGAGACGUAUGAAUGGAGGGAAGAUGCAAGUGGUCAGCUUGUGCUGUAUCAUCCACGCGCGAGUCCCAGCGCCUUACCCCUCGCACGCUUCUCAGCGCCUACGCCAGAGAACCAGAGCACGCAUGGCGCUCAUCUUGCGCUGCAGACCGCUCUGGCAGAAGACGAAGUCAAGCGUGACGCAGUGCUCAUCUCAUUUGUUGCACUAGAGCAGAAGCGACGCAUGCGACUGCAGGCUCAGAACCGCGGUCGUAACAACGGUGUCAGAGAGCUGCAAGCCGUGCUUUCUGCUUGAAUCAGUAGCUACACGCGCUCGGAGAACAAAACAUGGUCAAAUUUUUGUUUCACCCGCUAUUCUACACAAGAGGCAUGGAAGGAGACCUAGUUGCUUAGUCCUGCCAAGUAUGAUGUGAUGUAAAUAGUUGAGAUGGGGCGUCUUGCAUAGAGGGAUAUCUCCAGUAACAAAGGUCACUAGUAGAACGUUUAGACAGAAUCAGUCAACC